AUGACUACAGCCCAGGGUGAUAUCCAACCGACUCCCCGCCGACGCAGGCGACCUGCCGUUUCUUGCACCCUCUGUAGACAGCGCAAAGUCCGCUGCUCCCGGGGCACGCCCUGCACAAACUGUAUCCGCUCAAGGACUGGCAACUGCGUGUACGACAAUGAUUGCACCCCACAAGCAAAGGAUGAUUUGACCAAUGCACCCUUUAUGCAACUGCCACUGUCUCCUCCUACUCCCCUUCAGCAGAGCAUCUCGGCGCCCGCGACCCUUGUCUCGGCUACUGACCAUCAUGAGACUCUGCCGCUGCCCACUUUUGGGUCUGUACGGUCGCUUACGCCGGGCGGAUCCGAUUAUCACAACACUGGCAGCUCUCCGUCCAAAGACUUGGCCAGUCUCCAGUCACAAAUAAAGCAGCUGCAAGAACAAGUCGCCCAACUCAGUUCCAAGAACCAAAACACCAUCAACUCGACAACGCCGCAGGCUUCUGUUGCAGGAGAUGAGCAUAAGCAACCAUCCAAGUCGAAAAAGCUAAGCUGGAAGCUCUUUGGCACCUUUCAUUUCAUCAGUGACGCCCAAGGUCACCACAAUGUCAUGUCUGGAUCACGUCUCUACGGGGAAAGCCAUGCCUUUGCACUGAUCACGCACUUUUCAGACAUGCUACCUCUGAAUGAGUUCACGUUUGGCCGAAUUGAGGAACAAUCAUCAUUCAUUUCCACCCUGAAAAGAUGCAAAGAUCUAGCAAGGGUUAUCAAGAAGUCCAGGGCGCCAAAGUGGCCAAGCUUGCCGACGUUUGAUCUGCCUUCCAAACAGGUCUGCGAUGAGCUACUUGAUUGCUACCUUCGCACCAGCGAAUCAAUCUACCGCGUCGUACAUAUUCCAUCCUUCAAAAAACAAUACGAUGCGCUUUGGACCUCCGGACCUGUGAGACCAAACCCAGUUGAUAUCGAUGUCGUUGAUGCAAAUACUCGCCUCAAACGACCCAAGUCCACGAUUACUGCGUUUUUUGUUCUUCUCAAACUUGCCCUCGCCAUCGGAGCUGCUGUGUACGACGAGCGGUUCAGCUUCAGGACAGCAGCGGUUCGCUGGAUGUAUGAGGCCGAGUCUUGGCUCUCAGAGCCGAACGUCAAGCCGAAGCUAGGUAUUCAGUCUCUACAAAUCCACAUACUGCUUUUACUAGCGCGAGACGUCGUUCGCCUUGGUGGGGACACUGUGUGGCUCUCUGCAGGUGAACUCCUGCGCAGUGCCAUCUUUUUGGGACUGAAUCGUGACCCAGCUCACCUGCCUGUUGGGCGCCGAGCCCUAGCAGCGGAGAUGCGGAGGCGACUUUGGUCCACCGUCUUGGAAAUCACGGUGAAUUCCGCCAUGGCCGCCGGCGGUCCACCGCUAGUCUCCCUUGAGGAUUUUGAUACAGUCCCUCCUGGGAACUUUGACGACCAACAGCUAGAAUUCGCGCCCGCAGGUCUUGACGUCUAUCCUGAGCCUGUAGAGUCGUGGACCACGACGUCCUUGUCGAUUGCGCUCCGCCAGACGUUCCCUGCGCGCCUGGCUGUUGUGGCGUUCUUGAAUGGCUUCCGCUCCCAUCGAUCUUACGAGAACACUCUUAGCCUCGACAAGCAGCUACGUAUGUCGCUGAGGGAGCUUCAGCAAACAGUCAGCUCACUUCUUCAGUCAGGAUGUGAUACGAAACAGGCCAAGUACGCCAUUCAAACAAUAGAAUUCGUGACGCACAGAUUUCUCAUCGCUUUACAUAUGCCUUUCCUUGCGCCCUCUCUGAAAGACAGGACACAGUUUACGUACUCCAGGCAUGUCUUGGUGGAAAGCGCGCUGAGAAUCUGCCAAGUGGCGGAACCCGCUACUGGCCGCGAAGGUGACAAUUUCAUCCGGUCUUGCACCACCGGUUCAAUUUCCAACCGAAUGGCCAUCUUGCAGGCCUCGCUUGUCAUUAUAAUGGAGAUCCACGUGCAGGUAAAGGAAAACCUCAAUGUCGAUGGGAGAGCCACGCUGCGGACUGAUAUCGCCACGGUCCCCCGAGCGUCUAAAGACUGGGCGCUGCGGUGCAUUGAGUGUGGCGAGACAAAUAUAAAAGGCUUCUGUUUCUUGUCCUCUUUGGCCGCAUACACCGAGGCGCUGGUUGAGCGUCCUGAAAUGGAUGGAGACGAAAUCGCUGAGGUGUUUUGCAAAACGAUGGAGGAAUCAGCAGAGGCCUGCCUGGUGAUCCUGCAGAGGAAAUCGGAUUGGCUUAUGUCUUCAGCAACUGGCAGCCCCGAAGAGCUUGACGCAAUAGGACAUCCGAAUCUUCCUGUUCCCGACUUGUCCACGCAUAGUCGCAGCGGACCCAGUUCGAUCGGGGACCUCGAUUUCUUUGAUUUUGACGCACUGCUUACAAUGCCGAAUAUUAAUACCACCGACUCGAUGAAUUGGUGGUUUGAAGGCUAG